AUGCCGACUACUUCUUCAAAAUGUGGUCAUACAUUUUGUCAUCAAUGUAUUAUCGAAUGGUUGAAUAAACAAAAUACUUGUCCGACUUGUCGUAAUCGAAUGUCGUUACAAGAAUUAUCACCGAUUGCUACUCGAAUUAUACUCAAUCAACUCGAUCGUCUUCUCGUUCAAUGUACUCUAUGCAAGCAAAAGAAUAUUCAACGAGGCAAUAUUCUUCAUCAUUUUGAACAAUGUCCAAAUAAGAUAGUUCCGUGUUUGGCAGCUGAUAUCAAAUGUAUGUGGACAGGAAGACCGAACGAAAGGAUUGAACAUGUUCGAAUGUGUCCAUUUCAACAAAUUCGUCCGAUUAUCGACGAGCUUCGUACUGAACUAAAAGCUCAAGCUCAACAGUAUGACAAACACAUAGAACAACUUCGCGCUGAGCUAAAUGCAACAAGACAACACAUGCAGACACAAAUCAAAGAGCAUACUGAACAAAAUCGUUUUCUUCUUGCGCUUAUCAAUAAUGGCAAGCCAAUGAGUGACAGUUGCUCAAAGCUCGAAGGAACAAGGUCCAACUCCAAAUGUUCAAUGAUCAAAUCCAUUGAAGCUAAUAAUCCUCCGUCUUGUUCCAUGUGUGAUAGAAUCCUAGUUGAACCUUCUGACAUAUCAGUUCAUCAUUGUGACAGUGGUUGUAUAUGCAACACAUGCUUUCAAAAAUAUUAUUCUUACGCAAGAGAUGUUUAA